GGAGCAUACAAAAAGGUGGAGGGUCACCCAGUUGAGUGAAAGUUUCCUUUCUUGAAGCAUUCUUUUGCAACCGUCCACUCCUCUUUCAACCCAAGCCGAGCGUAAUCGUUCGCUUUCUACAUCAACAUGGGUAAAGGUGUCAAGGGUGCUGCCUCUGGAGAGCAGCAUGAGAACAUUGAGAUGUUCGACCCCGCUCAGCAGGGAAGCUACAUGGAUCGUCGCGAGAUGACAAAGGACCAAAUGGAAGACGCAGUUCGUGCUGGCAGUGUUCCUCACGUCAACACCAGCGAGGCUGUCGAUAUUGCAAAGAACGGCGGCUGGGAAGUCGAUGCUCUGAUGACCGAAAUGCAGAAGGAGAUCGACGCUCAAGGUGGUGACAACAAUGGCCACUUCGACCUCGAGUUCGCCAACCCCAAGUACUUCACAUACCUCAUUGUUGCCUUUGCCUCGAUGGGUGGUAUGCUUUCUGGUCUCGAUCAAUCGCUUAUCUCUGGUGCCAACCUCUUCCUUCCUGGAGAUCUUGGACUCAACGACCGUCAGAACAGUUUGGUCAACUCUGGUAUGUCUCUUGGUGCCGUCGGUGGUGCCAUCAUCUUGUCUCCUGCCAACGAGUACCUCGGACGUCGCUGGGCUAUUAUCCUCUCUUGUAUUCUCUACACCAUUGGUGGUGCUCUCGAAGCUGCUGCCAUGAACUACGGCAUGAUCAUCGCUGCUCGCGUUAUUCUCGGAUUCGGUGUCGGUCUCGAGGGUGGUACUGUGCCAGUCUACGUCGCCGAAACUGUAGAGAGAAGAUACCGUGGUAACAUGGUCUCCCUCUACCAGUUCAACAUCGCUCUGGGUGAAGUCCUUGGUUACGCCGUUGCCGCCAUGUUCGUAACUGUUCCUGGAAACUGGCGCUACAUUCUCGGUUCCUCGCUACUCUUCUCUACCAUCAUGGGUAUUGGUAUGCUUUAUAUGCCAGAGUCUCCUAGAUUCCUCAUGCAUAAGGGCAAGCCUGUGGAAGCCUUCAAAGUCUGGAAGCGCAUUCGUGGCAUUGAACAGCUGGAUUCUCGUGAGGAGUUCUACGUCAUGAAGAUGUCUCAGGAGCAGGAAGAUCAGGAGGUCGCUGCCGGUCGUGGCAACGCAAAGUACCCCUGGAUGGACCUGUUCACCGAGCCUCGUGCACGUCGCGCCUUCGUUUACGCCAACGUCAUGAUCUUCUUGGGUCAGUUCACCGGUAUCAACGCCAUCACCUACUUCAUGAGUACUCUGAUGCAGAACCUCGGUUUCGACAAGUACCAGUCCAACUACAUGUCGUUAGUUGGUGGUGGCUCGCUUCUCAUCGGUACCAUCCCUGCUGUCCUCUACAUGGAGAGAUGUGGUCGUCGCUUCUGGGCUUGUGCUACUCUCCCCGUCUUCUUCGUUGGUUUGAUCAUCGCAGGUGCUUCCCAGUACGCUGGUGGCCAGAACGCACAGAUGGGUGUCUACCUUACUGGUCUCGUCAUCUACGAAAUUUUCUUCGGAACCUACGCCUGUUUGACUUGGGUCAUUCCCGCUGAGUCUUACCCCACCUAUCUACGCUCCUAUGGAAUGACCACCAGUGACGGCUGGCUGUUUUUGUCGUCCUUCAUCGUCACCUACAACUUCACUGGCAUGUCGAAGGCCUUCACCAACAUUGGUCUCACCGCAGGCUUUUACGGCGGUAUUGCCUUCGUCGGCUGGUUCUACCAACUGUUCUUCAUGCCCGAGACCAAGGACAAGACCCUCGAGGAGAUCGACCUCAUCUUCUCUCAGCCCACCAGCAAGCUCGUCGCUCAGAACUGGAAGAACGUCAAGGAGACCACCAACGAUCUCCUCCGUUUCAGAUUUAAGAAGGUCUUCAUCGAUGCACACAACGCCCCUGCUGUCGACUUCUCGCAAGGAAAGCACGAGGUCGGUCACCAGGCAUGAGCUGUCCACGAUCACAUGGAUCAGGGCUGGAUUACCUGAGCCGUGGACCUUCAUGAUAUGCCUGAAAUUAUCAGGAAGAUGGUUACUGGCAUCUGUGUGUUGCCAAAAGUGAGAUUGGUUCUUCUUGUAGAUACAUGACCAUAUAACAUGAGCUUACGAUUUCAAAUCACUUCUUGUCGACUCGUAUGUUUUCGGCC